GGUUGGGUGCGAAGUAACAUGGUGGUUUAGUUAUCGCCUAUCAGCCAUAGACAGAACAAGGUUGGAGUGACUGAGAGCUUGAGUGUUCGGCUUUUUAUUUUCAGUUUUCCUUUGUUUUUGAGCUUUCGUUUGUCUUCAAAAUGGAGAUGGAGAAGAGGAUCAGUUUGGAGUUGAGGAAUAAGACCCCAGCCGAGGUGGCUGAGCUGGUGGUGGACAACUGUAGGUCCAGUGAUGGAGAGGUGGAAGGGCUGUCAGAUGACUACAAGGAGCUGGAGUUUCUCAGCAUGGUCAAUGUGGGGCUCACCUCCCUGGCUAAGCUGCCCUCGCUGCCCAAACUGCUCAAGCUGGAGAUCAGUGAUAACAUGAUUGUUGGAGGUCUGGACCAGCUGUCUGAGAAGUGUCCCAACCUGACCUACCUCAACCUGAGUGGGAACAAGAUUAAGGAGCUCAGCACUGUGAAGCCUCUGCAAAACCUGAAGAACCUGAAGAGUCUGGACCUGUACAGCUGUGAGAUCACCACUCUGGAGGACUACAGGGAGAGUGUCUUUGAGCUGCUGCCACAGGUCACCUUCCUGGACGGGUACGACCACGAAGACAACGAGGUGCCAGACUCAGAGGCUGACGAUGAUGACAACGAGGGUCUAGACUCAGAGGCUGACGAUGAUGAUGAUGACGACCACACAGCCGGCCCCACCAGAGAUGGGGAAGAUGAUGAGGAUGAGGAUGAUGAGUGUUCAGAGGGUGAAGAGGUGGGACUGUCCUACCUGAUGAAGGAUGGCAUUCAGGAUGAGGAAGAUGAUGAUGACUAUGUUGAAGAGGAGGAGGAAGAGGAUGGAGUAGGAGACCAGGGAGAGAAACGGAAGAGGGACACAGAGGACGAGGGAGACGACAGCGAUGGUGAUGCCGACUAGCCCCUCCCCCCUUCUGCCACAGCGCAUGGGAUCAGAACUAAGCUAGAAGAACAGGAAAUCGUUUUUUGGAUUCUUUAUUUUUUAUUUUUGUAUACCAUAGAUAUUACUGUAGAAGCUAAGUGUUUUCAUUUAUUUUAUUUUUUAUUUUAUACAUGUUCCAUACAAAAAGGAAAGCGGUUUUGAAUUCCAUACAAAAAGUGCUUUUGUAACAUCACAAAUGUGGAUGUGGGGUGGGCUAUAGCGUCCAGACAAGGUGAUUUUUAACUCUUGGCGAAAUUUUCUGGUUGCAUGUAGCGGCACGUUUGGCCCAUUUCAAGUCAGUCUGGUUGUGAUUGUCUGCUAUGCUAUGUUCACCCGUUAAAAUCCCCUAUUGUAAAGUCUUGCACCCGUCCCAUUAGGGGAAAGCGUAGACCCUGUCUAGAUUCUUGCCAACCUCGUUAUUCUCCCAAUACUUUAGUUGUCAAGUGAAAAGCUCAAUGUGCUGUCUGGUUGACUCGUAGUAGGGUUUAUAUAAGAGGAGGCUGGUGGGAGGAGCUAUAGGGAGACAUGCUCUUUGGAAUGGAAUCAAUGGAACGGUAUCAGCCACAUCAAACAUAUUGAAACCACACGUUUGACUCCGUUCCAUUCUAGCCAUUACAAUGAGCCUGUCCUCCCACCAGCCUCCACUGGUUUAUAUGUAGAUGUGUGGCCAACGAGUAAUGUUUAACAGUGACCUGGGCAGAAUGGAACCAUAGUGCGUUGUUAGCCCUUCCUAUUUGUUCACCUACACCACCCACAACCCCAUAUGUAACUUACCCGUGCUGUAUUGUAGGGAUUGCUGACUGUUUCCUCAGUACUUUGUUUAGGACCUGGGAUUUGAUACCUUAAUAGUUUGUCAGAUCAUGUUGUCAUCAAUUCACUUUUUAUUCCACAGUCAAACAGCCGAUUUGUAAGGGUAUUUUAAAAAAUGUAUUGUGUUAGGGCUUCAGAUGACUCUGGGUGAUGUAGUUUUCAGGUCUCUCUGGGUAAUGUAGUUUUCAGGUCUCUUACUAUAGUGCUGAUCUUCAUCAAGGAAGCACAAGAGGUGGGUUUAAAGAGCUCAUUCAUAAUCAGGCUACACUGAGUUAAUUUUGGACCAGUUUAGUGAUAUUCUAAAGCUCAGGUGGACCCAAUCUCAGAAAGACGAUAAACGGGAACGCAGUUAAUCAUCUCAAAUCUGUCCAGAAUCCAACUUGGUACCCUAAACUUCUGUCAUCCCAAUGAAAACCCCUUUUUUUCUGUUGUCUCCUUUUUGUUUGUUUGGAGUUUAAUGGUUUUACUGAGCAAGAAUUGUAAACUUGUUUGUAUGACGAUAUGUAAAUAGACCUUUGUUUUAUCGUACUUUUCUGUGUAGUAUUUGCUUAUUUUUUUAAAACAUGCAAUAUCUCUGUCCUUGUUAAGCGCAGGUCAGGGUGUAAAGCUUCAGACCCCGACGCUCAACAUGGUUUAUUUUUUGGCCUCCGCUUUUGACAAAGUCAUGGUUUGGAAUUUAUGUUAAUUAAUCUUCUGAAGUGUUUUUAAAUAAAAUUAAUUAUGUUAAUUCUUACAAUAUUA